CUGCGAAGUUCUUUGGUGUGUACUUGGGAAGUUUUGUUUGUUUACAACCGAAGAAAACAUUCUCUCAAACAUGCCGACUUAUGAAAUGCCAUUAUUAAUUAAAACACUUAGUCGGCCAGAAACAUUUGUUGUACUGAAACGUGCAAGUCAAACAAUAUUUGAUAAAGGUGGUGUCAUACGAAAGAUUGAAAAUCUUGGGACACGCCAGUUGCCUUUCAAAAUUAGAAAGCAUGGUCUUGUUGAGAAAAAAGCCAGUUACUUUUUGAUUGAGUUUGACACUUCACCAAAAACAAUAGACUACUUGAUUGACGAAUUUCACAGAGAUGUAGACGUCCUGCGUUCCAGGAUUUACAGGUCACAUGAAAAAGAAGAGUUUGAGUGCACAUUUGAAGAGGAGUGCCUGCCUGCAGCAUACAGGAAAGAUGUUCAGAAGUUGUUAGAAAUAGCAAAAAAAGAUGCAAAACCAAAGUUCAAACCAAAUACGUCUCUGGAUUACUAUCCAUUCAACAAGUAGUGAGGAAGAAACAUGAGAAUUUAGCAGCAGUUCUGUGAUAUAUUUCCACUGUUUUGUCAUUGGACAUCAGCUUUUAAGAAAAAGAAAAAAAUCUAAUUCCAAAAAUAUUAGUGGUUUUGGACAAUGCUCACAUUGUAAAGUGUCACAUUUAGAAGUCAUCAACUGAUAAUUUUUGUCAAAACUGAUGUGCUUUCAGGCAAUGAAAUGACAUAUUGUCCAGUACAUUAUUUUGUUUUAUUUUCAUUUGUUAAUUAGGUAUAACUGUAAUUUGAACUUGAGUUUGUUUGGUAGAGCCACCAUCACUUGAAAGUCAUGUAAUUUAUGUAACAUGCAGAAAUAGUGAGAAAUUUAAAAUUAAGUAUACACUCAAAAUAUUCCAAAGAAAAAUGGUGUCGUACUUGUAGCAGGAAGUACAAGAAAAGCUCUAAUUAAAACUUGUUUAUUAAUUGUUGGAUUCUACUUAAAUUUAAUGUGCACUGUUUGGUUGUAAUUACCUAAAUACUUCUGGAAACAGUUUACCUUACUUAAUUUGUUGUGUCACACUGAUUAAAUUUCAAUAAUAAGUUGUACAAGUGACUUAGGAGUCUGUAUGGUGAAAUAUGUUGAAUGAUACUAUUUUCAAUUAUUCAGAAAUUUAUAUGAAUAUCACUGCUUGUGAACAAGAUAUUAAAUUAAUCAAGAAGAGUCUGUUGAAAAUAAUGUUUAGUGUUAAGUGCAAGAGGUGGUCAUACCACCAUACUGUAAGUUAAUUUGCUUUUUGUUUCAGUAAAUAUUUGAAUGUUCAUAGCAUAUCUUUUCUGAACAUGUUAGAAUGAAGGUUCAGAGGAAUAGUUAUGAGAUUCAGAUUUUAGUAGGGGCAGGAGUUUUAUUUGCUUUUUGAGUCUUACCUGAUAGACAGUCCUGCAAUGCAAAAUCCGGCAUUUGAGUUUCCCAGAGCCUUGUCAGAUAGAGUUGCUUACUUUGAGUCUUGCACCUGAUGUGUUGGGAUUUCCUAAUCUGCAUAAAGUGGUAUGUAGGGGAGUUACACAGGACAUACUUAAGUUGUGCCUACUACAUUCAUUUGGGGUUACGGAAUUUCCCUUGACUCUCUAUUUGCUUUAGAUAGUCUCCCAGGCCAGGUACCAUGCUACAAGAAGUCGUGGCACCAGGCAGCUCUUUCAGAGAAGUACUAUUGGGGGGAUGACCAAUAUGAGUGUUUGCAUUCUCCUCUAGAUGUUGUGUUUGAUGGAAAAGGUGGACUAGGCAGGAUUAAUUAAAGCUAAAAAAUGUCCUUUGUCAAUCUUGUUUCCACUACAUGUAAUAAGUGCAUUCAAAAUAUUAAAAAGAUACAAGGGGAAACCAAUCAAAAGUGAUCAUAGAAGUUUACAUCAAUGGUACACACCUGACCUCCAAAAAAAUUAAGAACACGUCAUUAAUCUUUAUAACAGAUCAAAGAACAGUGAAGAAGAUGUACUUCAGUACUUUCAACUAUAGAAGAGGUACAGAUCAGAAAUUAUAAAACAGAGACAGAUGGAAAAUGAUAAUUGUAUGCAGCAAUCACAAAACAAAUGCAAGGCUCCUUGGAACAUUAUCAAAUCAUCUUGGUAAUACUAACAGAACUGCAUAUGAUAUGACCAGUAUCACACCCGAUGAAAUGAAUAACUUCUUUAUUAAUUCUGGUAACAAAGAACACCCAGCUCUUAAUAAACAUCUCGGGGGGGGGGGGGGGGGGGGGGGGCGAGAUAUUCGUAUCGCACAACAAACCUGCAAUAUCUACAUACCUAGAUAUUCACUGCCUGCGGACAGUACUGUGCCCAUUACAACUCCAUCCAACACCCCCAGCAUCAUAUGUUCAUUUCUUUGUUUAACCUUUGCAGAGAAACAACAGCCUUUCUUCCAUAUACUGGUGUCCUGUUAGGAUCGACUGUAUUAAGGAAAAUGAUACAGUGAACUCAUAUUCUGCUUUAGAUUGUUUGAGGGCAAUGUAAAAACUGAUUUGGGCUUCUGGAAGUCAGAAUUUUACUACAUCUCUUGCCAAUGCAGUCUGUCAUACACAUGGUAAACUGUCUGAAUUGUGGAAAAACAUUGCACUGGACAUGAGCAGCACGUAAGUUUAGGAUUUAAAGACAGUGUCAGUAAAGAUUGUGAUGCUGACCACGGUCUCCUUAAAAAAAAAUUAAAAAUAAACUUAAUACCAGAAUAUGAGAGUAAAAAAAGCAAAUUUCAACCAACAAUACAUAUAUAGAAACAGUUAGGAUCCAAGAGCUGACCGAGCGAGGUGGCGCAGUGGUUAGCACACUGGACUCGCAUUCGGGUGGACGACGGUUCAAUCCCGUCUCCAGCCAUCCUGAUUUAGGUUUCCGUGAUUUCCCUAAAUUGCUACAGGCAAAUGCCGGGAUGGUUCCUUUGAAAGGGCACGGCCGAUUUCCUUCCCCAUCCUUUCCUCACUCGAGCUUGCGCUCCGUCUCUAAUGACCUCGUUGUCGACGGGACGUUAAACACUAAUCUCCUCCUCCUCCUCCAAGAGCUGGAAUAUGAACCUUCGACAGAAUGCUGGUUCGUAACUUCGCUAGCCUCCUGGCAUCAGUCCACAACUUACCUGAUGAUAACAAAUCGGUCUGAAGUCCAAAUAUUUUAAAAGUUUGCCGCAAUGAUUCACCUGAGAAUGUUUCAAUCUGCUCUGUUGUAACUUGGAAGUAUAAGUGACCUAGUCAAAACAUUACAGGUAUUUCGCUGCACUCAUUGUACACUUCUUUCUGUUUAACAUAGUGGUGAUGUGACUACAUUUCUUUUGGAAGAGACUUUUUUUCAAAUCGUAGACUGAGAGUAUUGGCAUCUGGAAAACAGCAGUGCAUUUAACUGUAUUGACGUAGAUACUGUGUACAUUUUUUAUUAUUGUUGGAGAUUGUUAUACACGCAAAUUCCAAGGCAUACUGUUAAUGAGUAAAUGGUAGCAGAAGGCAAGAUCAUUAUAUUAAUGAUUCACUUGGGGUAGAUUAUGAAGAAGUUAAUGACACAGUCAUUCAGUUUUCAUUCAGGUAUGUACUGCCAUUGUUAACAAUGAUAUUGACGUGAAAAUCUGCUGACAAGGAGUGUAGGUGCCCUCAUACCAGCUUCGGUCAGAAGAGUGGAUGUGGAUCCGUAUUACAUUUAGGAAGUGUGAAAGAUUGGAGAGAGUGAUGGUAUGAAGGGGAACACUGCUACUAGACAUACACGUGUAUCUAACUAACGAAAGCAGUCUGAUGGUAAGACUAGACCUGUAACUUCCAGGACUGAUGACCUCAGAAGUUAAGUCCCAUAGUGCUCAGAGCCAUUUGUAACUUCCAGGCAGAUUCAAGUCCUGUACCAGACUGGAACUCAAUCCAAAAACUCUCCUUUUACAGGCAGUGUUCUUACCAGUCGAGUUAUCUGAGCAUGACUCACAGUCUGUCCUUCAAAGCUUCACUACUUCCAGUCCCUCCCCCCAACUUUUGAAACUCUUACUUCCUUUAGUGCUCAUUCAAAAUGGUAUGCAGGAGAGCUUCUGUGAAGUUUGGGAAGUAGAGGAGAGGUACUGGCAGAGGUAAAGCUGAAGCUGUACGAUCAGAGUUUGUAAGGAACCAAGAUUUUGACCAGUUAGAAAAAGUGGACUGUUUGAUCUCACUUUUACUAGUGAAGUAUUUGUUGCCAUCUUAAUUUUACAAUAUGCAAUGUAUGGGUUUUGUGGAAGAAUUUGAUACACUGGAGCAUUUUCAGCUAUUAUAUUUUUCUUAUUUGAAACUAAUGAGAACAUUUUUGUAAGCUACAACUUGUGAACAUAAAAUCCCAGAAAAAUAGUCAUCCUAUCAGUUUCACUUUAAAAGUAGAGAAUGGUAAAUGGGAACAUAGUUUUGAAGAGAAAUUGUUGCCAAAAAUAAUGUAAGCUUGAUAAUUUAAGUUGCUCAAUUAACAACAAAUACCAUGUAUACUUACAAAAUCUUGAAAUUCUAUUUGCAUUGUUGCAAACUGUAAUUUUUUAUUCAUUAGGUAAAUCAUCUUUCUUUUAUGAAAAUGUUAACUUCACCAAAAACAUUUUUAUUUGAU